GAUGUAUUUUGAGGUCCCUUAGGGGACUGCAGGGACUUGUGGGAAGAUGACCUGAUUUCUAAUUUUCUCCUCUCCUGCCUCGGCUGUCGGCUAGUCGCCGCUACAAACAGAAGCCCAUGAAAGGAGUGUGACAAUAUGUGUCGCCCCGGAUCUAUUUGGAUUAUGGCCUCGCUUCUUGCGUAAAACUGGAUUUUGUUCGUCAUUUUUCAUGGACGCAGCCGUGACUGUGAUUCUCCUUCAAUAGAUUCAGGUGAGUAGUCAUGGCUAACAUGCAGCAAGAAUACCCCGGGGUCCUUCUGGGGAUCCUGGAGGAACUGGCCAAUAUGCGCCACGUGCUGACCUUUCAAGACCUUUGUCGCAUGGUCAGCACACGCUUUGACCUGGAGCACCUCAUCGAGCUCAGGAGUUUGCUUUUUGCUGCUGCCAGCCGGGACCCCUGUUUUCCAGCUACUCUGUUCAGAGACCGGGUUUCCGCCAGAGGCCAGGGACUAUCACCCAUAGGUGUCGCUGCUGACAUUGUAACUAUCUUCAAUCUUAUUCAGAUGACGGGUGGAGCCCCUGAUGACAGUCAACCAAUGAGAACCCAGACGGUCCUCCCCGUUGACCAGUCCCCAGGCCCCAGUCUGCCUGGAAUCCACCAGCUGAACAUUUAUGGUCGAGAGAGAGCACGUGCCCAUUCUGACUCCAGUGGCAGGCCUAUCGAUCAGCACUUGCUGUUUCCAAGAUCUAAUUACUCUGCCCGCAAGCGAGGAAGUCUUCCCCCUGAUCCUAUCUCACUUGUGUCCUCCCCUCCAAUCAGGGCGAGGGCUGUGUCUUUUGACUUGCCUCACACAACACUUUUGUACCCUAGUGGUCAAAUCCCUAACGAAGUAAUGAAGAAUCUCUACCUGCCUUUGGAAACGGACAGUGAAUCUAGUGGAGAUUCUGCGCCUAUGGAGGUGUUUGAACCUGAACCAGGAUCAUCUGUCGACCAGAAAAGAAACGUCUUUAGGAAGGACUUCCAUAACCAGCCACCACUUAUACCCCAGGUGACCAUUAGCAGUGAGUCUCCCAGUCCCAGCAAGAAAGGCUUUGACAAUCACAGCUUUGAAAUUAUCCCAAAUCCUUACCCAUCACCUAUAACGGUCCACCAAUCUCCAGAGCAGCGACCUAAACAUGGGAGCCUUGAUGACCUACAGGACUCAACUUACUUUGGACCUGGAUCAGUCCCAGAUUGGUCUCCCCGGCACCUUCAACCUCCUAAGAUUCCGAGACCUCACUGGACCAGCAAGAGUCAUAGUCUAGAGGAUCGGAUAGGCCUGGGCAGCAUUGGAUUGGAGAUGGAAUCACAAGGUGGGCAACUUCCAAGACGAUCAACCCCUGCUAUCAGCAGUUUGGGGGAGUCCUCAGGUGGUGAGAGUGGUGAUAGUGGAUUGCCAAGUGGAGGUGAUGUAGUCAAGGCUCAGGCAACCCAGACAGACCCACCGGACCCCCGGCGUCUCCGCAGCCUGGUCCACGCUGAUCGUCUCUCCUUCAUGACCUCAUUAGACGACCCCGAGUUUGGUGAGGAUGACAUCAGUGCCAUCUUUCGUUUCUUAGAUGACAUAAGUAUGUGCGGUUCCACGGGAGUCCUGCAUCCCAGCGAUGGAACAGGGGCUAUUAACCAAGACACCCCUGAGGCCAGACGUGGCCGCCUAGGUCAACUACAAAGGCUUUUCCACUCUCUAGAAAGCAGUGAUGAUGGGCUCAAAGCCAGUGUAUGUAAGCUGCUGCUUCGUAUGAGCCAGAUAGAAAGACAACUGGAGUCACUAAAUGAUGUAAAGUCUGAAAUUUCUCAGGUGCUGUCUGCUCUGCAGCGACUAGAUGAAAAGAUCCAGCAGCCUAUCAGUGCUGGUGGGCAAGGGACCAGCGGGCGAUGGCUGGAGCCUCUCAGUGGUGUCUCCUCCUUUAUGAGCCACCCUUUAACCCCUUCUGAAUCAUCAGAACCACAGCCUCUAUCGUCAUCUGGGCAUCUGUUUCCAGGGACCAGCACAAGUAGUCUGGACUGGAACCGAUGGAACACUCCUGUGGAGCAAACAGAGAGCAGCAAAAGUCAGAGUGAUUCAAAAGGGAAGAAAGAGGGCAAGAAGGAUGCAGCGUCUCGGCGUGUCUCCAAAACUCAGCCUGAAGAGAAAAAUGUCUCUGAUACGAAACAGUUGAAUGUCUCUAACUCUGCAAGAGACUGGACAGUGUCAUUCUCGAAAAAUAAAGAUAGCAAAGUUUCACAUGGACAGGCAGAUCAGUCAGGCAGCACAACUAACCUACUCUCGCAAAAGUCCUCCAGCCUGGUGGAUCAAGUGUUUAAUUCGUCCUUGUUCCGCAACAAAGACAGCAGUCUGACAGGUGGACUAACCUCUGGGAAGAUCAUUGACCCCAGAUUGGAUGAGGGGAGAGGAAGGCCCAUAUGGACUGUAGACGACAGAGAGGCACGAGUCACCCCUUUGGAUUUACAGGCCCAGGAGUCUAUGAACCCCAACAACAUGGAGUUCUGGAUGGAUGACAUCUACACUCCAGGCUAUGAUGGUCUACUCAGGCGUAAAGAGGCUGACCUCCGUCGGGCCAAGGUCUGCAAGCUGAUUGCACUCAUUGGCAGUGCAGUGGCUAUCAUUCUCAUCAUUGUCAUUCCCAUUUGCACCGUGGGGUCAUAAAGAUCCUUACAGAAAGCCCACAUUGCCUGUUUUCAUUUCAUUUAUUUCUGUUCAGCAGCUGUAAGAAUGUGCACGUCAUUUCCAUGGAGAUUAGUAGAUGAGAGACUGUCACACUAGGACACUAAAGCUGGAUCAGUGAUCAUGUGACAGUCAGUAUUUCCUUACACUCCUCUGCAUGCAGAAAAAACAGAAGGAUUUGAGCUGUAGCUGUAGCUUACUUUGAAAUCAAUCCCUCAUGCAAUUACAGCAAAUUGUAAGUAAUCGCCAAUGCCAAGUUUUUUUUCUCACAUUUGUUGUCAUUUAUAUCCUGAUUUUUGUUCUUGAUAAUUUCAGGUGGCUGCAAAAGGAAGGAUGGAGGUUUUAAAUAAUUCUAAAAUAAGAUAUGUUGAAACUAGUAAUACUGAGCAAAAGUUUCUUUUUCCUUUCUCAUUUUGUCUGCACUUUUCUGAGAAACAACACUGUUACAAAUGCAUUGUGAAUCAGCUUGAGCCUUGAGCACUGCCUGACUAUUUCUUGCUGUUCCAUUGAGAACACAACAGGGCUUAUUCCACUUCUAUGUAAGAUAAUACUUUGAUCAGUAUGUAAGAGUUUUACAUCUAUAGUUUAUAACUAGUAAUGGAUUCUGUGGA